CUAAUUUCUAAAAGCUAGCUGAGCCAACAGUGCCAGAGAGAACGAGAGGGUUGCGGAGAGAGGCGAUUGGCGAGAGACUGCAAGGGUCACUGCAGAGAGACGACAGCUCCGAAGGGUUCGUUGAAGGGAAAAAAAAAAACGUCUAAAAGAGUUGUCGGAGGCAGAUCAGAGUUGGAAGGGAAUGUUGACUCGUCGGAGAGAGCAAAAGCUUCGUUGAGGCUUCAAAGAGAGCGCAGAGGCUUUGCCGAGGCUUCGAAGGGAGAGUAGAAGCUUCGUCGAGGUUCGAAGAGAGAGCAGAAGCUUGGUGAGGCUUCGUCGAGGGAGUAAAGGAGAAGAAGUGUCGCAGAAGAGAGUGGCGUAUGCCUUGAACCUGAAGCGUAAAAAGAUGAGUUUUUUGGCCUGAGGCGUACGCCUUUGUGGACUUGCGCAUUUUCACUAACGCCUUGGUGCGUUUUAGGCCUCAUGGCGCGCCUUAAUUACGCAUGAUAAUAAUUAUUAUAAAGUAGUUGUAAUAUAAAAAUAUUUAUAUAGAAUUACUUAUUUAAAAAGUGAACAUCUUUAAAUAAAUCUAGUAAUUAUCUAAUAAAUAAAAUAUUGUAAAAAAAAAACUUUAUUACAAUUAAUCCAUAUAAAUAAUUUAUUUGAGUUAUCUUAACAUAUUCGAGUUGAAUAGUUAGGUAGUGUUUGAGAGUAUGAACUUCAGACUUUAAAUAAUUCCUUUGGGAUUAGGCAAAUUUUAAUAUAAUUUUAUAUUAUAUUUUAUUUAAAUUUGAUACAUAUUCAAAUCUAAGAGCUCCCUAAAUAUAAGUUAUUAUAAUUUGUGUUUUGUUAUAAGUUCUCUUUAAUUUAAAUUCAUUUUUUAAAAUUAAAUUAACCAACACUUUUUUUAAAAAAUUGAAACGUAUUUUUCAUCCCAAAAAAGAAAAAUGAAAUAGAAAACCAAUGACGAAGAGAAGCGGUUUGUGGUUGUGGGGAACAGAGGGAGGAGGCUUUUGGCGGGAAAAGCCUCUUAAUUUCGCUUGCAACUUUCUCUCUCUCUCUCGCAGUGAGUGGAUGAUUCUCAAUGGAGGGGAGCGAAAGCGAAGCGGUUUUUGAAUCCCUGAACCUUAAUCCCCAGUUAUUCAUCAACGAGGUCCUCAAUUCCGUCGGCGAUUUAUUCGAUGGCGCUUUCGAUUUCUACCAACAACAGGCAUCGACCCUUUUGAAAGCGGAGGGAACAGAUCGGGCACAAGAUCUCGACGAGGGUAUUGCAUAUAUUCGCAACAUGAUUCAAGAAGCUUUCGACAAGCGAUUGGGCAUGUGGGAGAAGUACUGCCUCCGGAAUUGUUUUGUUGUCCCUGAAGGAUUUGCAUUACCCAAAGCUAAUGAAUCUCCCGGUGACAGUUCAAUAGAUCAAGAUGCCUUUUGUGACCCAGAGCUGGAUGCGCAAUUGGAUUCCUUGAGGGACAAGCUUUCCAUGGUUGGAAAGGAAUCUGCAGAGCUCGACUGUGAACUUCAAGCAUUAGAAAAACAAUCUAUUAUAAGCAAUCACUGUGAUGCCUCCAUCAAUGAGGAAUUACAGUUGUAUGAACAAAACCCCUCUCAUGAGAUGUUACAAGAGCUUCGUACAAAAAUGGAGAAGCGGAAGACCAGAAAAGAGAAAGUGAUUGAACAAAUGAAACCAGCACAGAUGUACAACCGAAACAAUGAUUUGCCUAUGAUAAAUUAUAAUGAGGGACCAUUCAAAGCAACGUUGGAAGAUCUUCAAGAAUUCAUGGCUGAUAUAAAUAAACUAGGAGAGUCAUGAUCUGUAUGUAUUGUUGUGUAAUCUGUUUGGCACUUGGAAAUAUGUUAUGUUUUCUGUAGCUAAGAAAAUAUUCUUCAUGCUAUCCAAGUGGAUGAUUUGAACUGUGAUUGCCCAUGGGCUGUGGAGUAAAUUUUAUGAUUUGAUUAA